AUGUCCACGCGCGACGGCGGCGCGGGGGCCGCCGAGCACGCCCUGUUCAACGCCGUGUUGCAAGAGGACGUGGAGCAGGUGAAGCGGCUGCUGGAGGCGGGGGCGAGCGUCAACGCGCAGGAGGCGGAGGGCGGCUGGGCCCCCCUGCACGCGGCCGUGCAGAACUGCCACGAGGAACUGGUGCACCUGCUGCUGGCGCACGGCGCGGACCCGCUGCAGUGCAAACGGAACGGGGCGACCCCCUUCAUCCUCGCGGGCAUCAUGGGCCACGUGGGGCUGCUGGACCUCUUCCUCUCCCGGGGCGCCCAGGUGGACGAGUGUGACCACAACGGCUUCACGGCGCUGGCCGAGGCGGCCACCUACGGCCACGUGGACGCGGUGCGCUUCCUGCACGCGCGCGGCGCCGACGUGAACCUGCGCCAGCGGAGCCGGGAGGAGCAGGCGAGGAUGAGGAAGGGCGGGAGCACGGCGCUGAUGCGCGCGGCCGAGCGCGGCCACGAGGCCACGGUGCGCGCGCUGCUGCUGGAACUGCACGCGGACGCGAGCGCGCGCGACAACUGUGGCCGCAACGCGCUCGUCUACGCGCUCCGGCACCGCGACGAGGCGCGCGUCCUGCGCAUCGCGAGGCUCCUGCUGGCGCAGGGGGCGGACGUGAGGGUCCGCUGCGAGCGCGGCAAGACCCCCCUGCUGCUGGCCCUGGAGCAGAGGCACGAGCGCGUGGCCCAGAUGCUCUUGGCGCAACCGGACAUCGAGCUGGAUGCCACCGACCGGGAACUGAAUACGGCGCUGCUGGUGGCCGUGCGCUUGGAACUCAACGACGUGGUGGACCAGCUGUGCGCGCGCGGGGCCAACACCGACUGCGGGGACCUGGUGAUGAUGGCCAGGAGGAAGUACAACCGCGCGCUGGUGCAGAUCCUCCGCCGGCACCGGGUCCGAGAAGAUUUCCAGCUGCCCGCCGCGGACUGGAAACCCCAGAGCGCGCGCUGGGGGCGCGCCCUGACGCAUCUCCACGGCACCUACCGGCCCCUGAUCCGGGGCCUCAAGGUCUUCAUCGACCGGGAGUACAAGAUCGCCGACACCUCGGAGGGCGGCGUCUACCUGGGGUUCUACCAAGGGCGCGAGGUGGCCGUGAAGCGCUUCUACCAAGGCAGCGAGCCCGGGCAGCGGGAGGUGGCCUGUCUGCAGCGCCACCGCGAGCCCGGCCACCUGGUGACCUUCUAUGAGAGCCAGGAGGACAGCGGCUGCGUCUUCGUGUGCCUGGCACUGUAUGAGCACAGCCUGGAGGAGUACCUGCAGAAAGCCCCCGGCCAGGGCCCCGGCCAGGGGGAGGAUGAGUUCGCCCGCUCCGUCUGCGCCUCUGUCUUCAAGGGGGUCUUGCAACUGCAUCGCAGCGGCUACGCGCACCAGGACCUGCACCCGAGCAAUGUCUUACUAGAUUCCAAGCGUGCCGCCUGGCUGGCCGAUUUCGAUAAGAGCACGGAGAAGGCGGGGGACGAGGAAAUCCGGGCUGAUCUGAAGGCUCUGGGGCUGCUGGUCUUGUACCUGGCCAGGAAGGGCGAUGUCUCCUGGGAGAAAUUGAAAGCUAAGAGCCAAGAGGAACAGGAAGCGCUUUGCCCAGAUGCGGAUAGUCUGGACCUUCUACAAUGUUUGCUCCAACCCCAGGGCGAGGCCACGGAGCUCCUGCCUCAGCUUCUCGGGCACCCAUUCUUCUGGAGCUGGGAGAAGCGCUACAGGGCCCUCCGGGAUGUAGGCAAUGAAUCUGACAUCAAAGUCCAAAAACGUCAGAGUUUGCUUUUUGAGCUCUUGGAAUCCGACACGUCCAGGCAUUCCAGAAGUUUCGCCGAGUGGAAUAAGAAGAUUGAUGAACCCGUUAUGAAGAAAAUGGAAGAAUUUUAUAAAAGAAAUUCUAAAAGGAAGAAGAAGUGCCCACAUUACGAGAACACCGUGGUAGGUCUUCUGAAGUUCAUACGGAACAUUGGCGCGCACGUUGAUGACAAAGUGAAUGAAGACAUGAAAUCCAUCAUUGGAGAGCCAUCCCACUACUUCCAGAAGAAAUUCCCGGAUCUGUUCAUCUACGUCUACCGGAAGCUGAGGGACGAACCUUAUAACCAGCACUUUGAGAAAAAUUCGCCAGCCCAACCAGCCUCUGGGUGA